CUUCAAGGCCCGUCUCCUUCUUGUCUUUGUUUGAAAGUAGGAUAUAUACCGUAGUCAUGCACGCAAUGCACAGCGUACAACGUGUGAUUUUUUGUUUAUAUAUGAGGAUGGUGUCUCUUCUGAAUGUAUGUGUGAUCAAGCAACAUCUUGGUUUCACGGUUGGCGUGCCGGCAAGUUUGUUUGAACUUGGUCCAUCGUACAGCCGUGAAGACUUAUGUGUGUAGUAUAGAUCCCUUUCAUCUUUGAUUGAUUUUCUUUUAUGUAACCUAUGCCAAUAAUUUCCUCACGAAUUUCGCUCGGCAAGUUCUUAUAUGAGAAUGGCCUGUCGUACAACCGUUGAGAUCAGAAAGUAUAGCAUAUAUGUUUACAACAUGAUUUCUUCUUUUUUUUCGCUUGGUCAGUCAUACAAGUGCAGAGAUGAUUACAAGUGCCAUGUAUAUUUAUUAUGCCAGCAAUGUGUUUUUCUCACGGUGGGCUUCCCGGCGAGUCCCUAUGUGGGCUUGGUCCGUCGUACGACCGUGGAGAUGAUUAUAAGUGCCACAUAUAUAUUAUGUCGAAAAUUUAUUUUUCCCACGGUUGGCGUCCUGACAAGUUCCUAUGUGGGCUUGGUCCGUUGUACGACCGUGGAGGCAAUUAUUAGCGCCACAUAUAGAUUAUGUUGAAAAUAUAUUUUUCCUACGGUUGGCGUCCCGGCAAGUCCCUACGUGGGCUUGGUCCGUCGUACGACCGUGGAGACGAUUAUAAGCGUCACAUAUAUAUUAUUUCAAAAAUAUGUUCUCUUUUUUGCAACAAGCACAUCAUAACAUAUACAUCAUAUGCUUGGGUCUGAUGUCUUUUAUUUACUCGAGUGUUUCCUUUUUUGUUUUACAGGGAAAGUAUUUAAAUUGUUGGCUGAAGAUAGUUGCUAAUAAAGCUAGGUAACCCACGGUGAUGUUCCCUUUUUUUUUUUAACUAGGCAUUUCUUUUACACAUACACAUACCGUCAUAUUCAUUUUAUGCCUUUUUGCAUAUAGAUGGCGCAUGGUGAAGGGUCUGUUCCUUCCAAUGAACUAUCAAUUUGUCAGUUAGCUGAGCGGCAUCUAUAUGAGCCUAAUACUAGUGAAGAGGUCAACCCAGUGAUCAGACAGCAGGUGCUCGCACAUGCGGAUUUGACGCGCCAUCCUCGUGGUUGGAAUGUGGGGUCUACCCUUAGUGACUAUUCUUUUCAUCCACUAGCACCUUAUCCUAAACCUGAUCAUGAAGCCUACACCCUAGGGACAAGGAUGGUAGCAAAAGGUCUAGGUUGGGAUGGUCACACAACCGAGUAUGUUCCGCAACCCAAAGGCUAUGUUGAGUGGGGCAUCUCUAUAUUGAAUAACCACUCGUUUUGUUUGAAAGGAGAAGCGGAGAACACCGAUUACAUAUAUGGGGCCAUUUAUUGCUCCCUCGGUGAAUAUGAAGUUUCAGAUUCGUUACUGAGGUCACUACUGGAACGAUGGGAUCUAGAAACAAAUACUUUUCUUUUUUCAUCUGGUGAACGCACCGUGACUCUGCUUGACAUGCUUCUAAUGUCGGGUCUUCCUUCAGUUGGAGAUCCAUACGAGGAAUAUGUUCCCUCUAUAGAUGACCUAGAACCUUCAAAGCUUAUGUUCCCAAAUUUCUUAUCCGGCCUUUUAGAAGAAUUCUAUCAGCUCAGCCGCGAAAAUGGAAGUGUGACUUUUCAAGUCUGGUGUGACCAUUUCCAUAACAAACGCGAACGCACUUCAUCUUUCACCUCCCUUCGGGAACAACACAUGUACAUUGCGGCUUUUAUAGCCCACUGGCUUUGCUCUCACGUGGUUGUCGGUGGGGGGCCUUAUAUUCGUCCCGGUGUCCUUCUUAUGGCCUCUUGAAUCGUUUCGGGACGCAAGAUCUCUUUGGCUCCCUCAGCACUUUGUUCAUUGUAUUAUUCUCUUCGAAGGAUCAGUAUGCACCCCAUUGCUCCCUCUUAUGAGAUAAGAAUUUGGCCAGUGCAUUAUAUCGCGGGGUGGAUGGGUCUUUAUCUAAGAAAACCAUUUAAGGACAAAGUGAAAGGGAAACAUCUUCCAGAUGUUAAGCAAUUGCUGAUGCAACCAACCAUGGUUAAAACUAUGUUUCGGGUUCCCACAACUUUCAGUCCUGCUAAGGCACGCAUUUUCCUUGAUGACCGAGCCAAUAUUUUGUGGAAUCCUUAUACUCAAAACAACUUAGUCGGGGUGGAUCAGUUGCAAAGGUCCUUCACCAUUUCUUCACAUCGGGGUAUGCUUCCAUGGAGGCGUGCUACUGAUGUUGAUGAUCUUUGCAUAGCGGAGCCAUAUCAUCCUGAUCGAGUUGCACGACAACUUACUUUGAGACAACAAGUGCCCUAUGCUCCGUUGAUCAGCGUGUACACAAAGGAGGAUACUGGCAUUGCAUAUGCGUAUUGGUCGCAUUUGUUAUGCUCGGACCAAGGAGAGUUCCAGUACCUUCUUAAUGAUGCGCAUGAGGCAUUUUCUUCUGUGGCCUGGAACAAGUGGUGGGUGGGAUUUAUGAAACCAUUUAACAACAUAUUCAAUACUCUUCGUCCGGGCAAAUGGUCCGAAUUAUUAUCCGCGGAAACGUAAUUUUCUGAAACGCGGAGAGGAGUACAUAGUUCCUCGCAAGCUUUUAGAGAAUGAUUUUGUUGUUAUAAAGGAAGUCUCCGCCAGGGGUAAGGAGGAACAUAUUGCAGCCAUCAAAUUGAAUGGAAAGAGAAUUAUGGACCACUGGCGUCCCAUUUUGUGUGGCUUUCUCUCAAAUGAUGAACCUUUAAUUAACUCUAAAAAGAAGAAGCGAAAGGUUAAGGAUGCUGUCGCUACUCAACCCAUGAAAUCUAAAGAGCAAAGUGGCGUACCAAAGUCUGUUGUUGCAGUUGGUUCUUCCUCUGCUCAUCCAUUGCUAGUGGGUAGUGAUGAUCUUCCGGAAACUGCCCCGGCCACCGGCGGACAGAAGCGUAGAAAUUUAUCACCCACUCAUGCUGACGAGGAAGAGAGGCUCCCCCUCAAGCGCAAACUUGAUUUUUCCCAAGAAUAUGAUUUUUAUGAACCAAUAACAUUGGAUAGUCCGUCAUUAGAUGUUGAACUCAGUAGCUUUGUUAACGAUGAAGAUUUUGGCCAUGUUCUCACUGGAGAAAAGGACCAUGGCCUUGGUGACCUCUUCAAUUUAUCCGUCGAGGAUUAUACCAUUGGCGAGUGUGGCAUAAGUCGUCCAUUUUCCAGCCCGGGUGUGACUGAAGCUGUGCCCCAUACCCCUAGUGCUCUUAAUUUCUUGUCAACUUUACCUGGUUGCGACCAAGAAAUUCGCCACUCACAAGACCCUGAGGUGAUGGUUGUAUCAGGAAAAGGCGCACAGAUGGACUGCAGUUUCAUCAAGGACACGUUUAUGGAUGCUACAGAUUUCGUAGUGAAACGAGCCCUCGAAGGACUGAACGACUCUACCCUUGGUGAUCCCGAGGGACGCACCAUGCUUGAGAGCGUUUCUCAAAUGCUGCCCACGCAAGUGCCUGAGGUAGCUAAGGUGCAGGCCAUGUUGGUCGGGCUUAUUGACCUUAGUUGGAGGGUGGCCAGACUGAAUUCACGAAGGAAUCCGAGCGAGAUGAACAUGUUGUUGCUGAAGUAGAACUUAAGAUUAAGUCUGGCCAUGAGGUUUCCAAGGCCACAAUUGAGGACUUAUCUGACGUAGAAAAGAAGUGCACUGAAAUGGAGGCACGGGAAGCAGAGCUGAAGGCUCAUCUUGAAGAGGUUACUGCUACUUUGCACAGGCUUAAAUUGGAAAUGGAACAGCGCCGACAAGCACAUGAUGACCAUCAAUCUGAACAGAAGAAGUUGGUGAAGAGUCUACAGGAUACCAAUGCUGGCAAACGUACAAGGCUUGCUGAAUUUAAACAAAAGACAACAGAUUUAAAGACUGAAGCAAGUCAGUUGUUGAACAACCUGCAGAACUGGCGAGCUCCUUGAGAAGGCCUAGGCUUCGCUUAGUUUUUUUAUUUAGCCAUUUCAAUUCAUCAUUUCUCUUUAAAUCAUUUUAUGUUCAGUACUCAGUUUCACUUCAAAUGUAGCAGUACUUUGUUUAUUCACGUGGGAACUCCAAAUUUUAUGCAUGAUGUGCUAGUAUGCCAGCUUUGACGUUGAAGCAUCCUUAUUUAUUUACACUAUCGUUGUGUAUGGCCUGAAGCCUUAUUUAUUUUAUUCUAUUUGUUUAUUAUGUAAAUGCAUGUACGUACCAUUUUUUUGUACGACGGUUUAAGCUUAUGAAGUCUGGAGCCUGCUUGAUGUUUAUUUUUUUAUUACCCCUUUUUUUACAUCACAGUUUAUACUCGUAAGUCAUUGGAGUUUUCUGUUUGUGCCCCAAUUUAUACUCGUAGGGGUGUGGAGUAUUUUGGAUGAUCUUUUUUUUGGCAUCACAGUUUAUACUCGUAAGUUGUUGGGGUAUUUUUUUUGCGCCCCAGUUUACACUCAUGAGGGUAUGGAGUGUAUAUUUUUUCUAUGUGCCCCAGUUUAAACUCGUGAGGGUAUGGAGUAUAUUUUUUCUUAUGUGCCCCAGUUUAGACUCGUGAGGGUAUGGAGUAUAUUUUUUCUUAUGUGCCCCAGUUUAGACUCGUGAGGGUAUGGAGUGUAUUUUUUUAUGUGUGCCCCAGUUUAGUCUCCUGAGGGUAUGGAGUGAUUUUUUUUUCUAUCAUAGUUUAGACUUGUAAGUUUAUUGGAGUGUUUUUUUGGUGCCCCAGUUUAGACUCUCGUGAGGGUAUGGAGUAAUAUAUUUUUUCUAUCACAGUUUAGGCUCGUAAGUUUAUUGGAGUGUAUUUUUUGGGUGCCCCAGUUUAGACUCGUGAGGGUAUGGAGUGUAUAUAUAUUUUUCGGGUGCCCCAGUUUAGACUCUUGAGGCUAUGGAGUACGUCUGAUGAAUUUUCCUUUUUUUGGCAUCACAGUUUAUACUCGUAAGUCAUUGGAGUUUUUUUGUGUGUCACAAUUUUCUUUAAAUAAGUGCACAUAAUGUUGCAACAUUUGUAUUGCGAGCAUUAAUGCAAAAUAUAAGUCAUUUCUAUUCAGAUUCACUUGUCUUCUAUGAGAACAAAAUGAUGAUGAUACAAGAAUAUUUGCUUCCCUGCAUCGUCCUAUUAAAAA